AUGGUCGCAGCUACAAACACGAGUAUGGUGACGACCGUACAAUUCUCGAAACUCUGUGGGGUUCUCCAGGUCCACCAGAAGAAGCCGAAGGACAAGCCGAUCUAUUACAAGCUCAUGUACGGAAAUAAUGAGGAUAUCGUCCUCAAGACAAUAUGGGAGCCAAGCUCAACAAAAGAAGCGGAGAUGCUCAUUAACAGUGCAAGAAACGCUGUGCACUUUGCAUACCGUCACAACGGAUACGCUAUAAGGAGCUAUUACAUACCGAUUCAAUGCCGCACCUCAGAAAAUGACAAAGAGCGACAACGAGAUGACCGCGACGACCGUAACCGGCAUGGAAGGAGCGGUUACAGAGACAGCGAUCCCUCGGGUGGUAGGCAGCAUCCUGGGAAUGGAGAUCAGCCAGACGAUGGAGACGAUACACAGUCGAGCCCUGAGAGCGCUUACGACCAAUGGUAUCGAUAUAUGGUCGAAUACUACCCAAAUCAUCUCCUGGAUCAAAAUCCAACGGCUCAGUAUGCAACGGCUCAGUAUGCAACGGCUCAGUAUUAA